UCUCCUAUAACUCACUUUUUAAUCUCUCUUUUCUCUCAACUUGGUUUCGCCUCCUAAAUAUUUAUAUACACAUAUAAUCUUAAUCUUUACUCCUUUACACUACAUUAUUUAACACUUUAAUUCCCAUAUAGUAGGCUUCAUAUAGAACUCAUCUUGAUAGUGACCAAACCUUGCAACUUGCCUGAUUCAUCUCCUACUUUGUUUCAUCAGUUCAACAUCAGACUCCUGAUCACCCAAUUACUUCACCCAAUAAUGCUGCAUUGUCGUCUCUCUCAACUUUUUCUCUGUAUUAUAAUUUGUUUUUUCGUUUGCAGCAGCCAUGGCAGACAUCACCAUACCAAGCACAAGCACACUCACGGCCAUCAUAAAGUAUCCUACAUCUCGGAACCUCCUUCUUAUCUCCCACCAGAGUCUGCCCUUUCCCCAGAUGACCCACCUACACCAGAGGUCACUGUUCCUCCUCCAUUUGAGGCCACUACUCCUCCACCUUUCGAUGCCACUGCUCCUCCACCGUUUAAGCCCACUGCUCCUCCACCAUUUAAGGCCACUGCUCCUCCACCAUUUGAGGCCACUGCUCCUCCACCAAACCCAACUACUACUUCUCCUCCACCGACUGCUCCUCCACCAAACCCACCUACUACUUCUCCUCCACCGAAGGCAAGUGCUCCUGCACCAGAGGCAAGUGCUCCUAGUCCUAGUGACAAUGUUAAUGAUAACUACUCCAGCGGCAUUUUUGACGUGAGGCGUUUUGGUGCUGUUGGCGAUGGAGUUACAGACGACACAGAAGCAUUCAAGUUGGCAUGGGACGCGGCUUGCAGCAGCCAGAAUGACUCCGCAGUCAUUCUUGUUCCUUCUGGUUUCUCCUUCCUCAUUCAAUCCACAAUUUUCACAGGUCCUUGUCAAGGUGGCCUAGUCUUGCAGAUUGAUGGUACUGUUAUGCCUCCUGAUGGACCCGAGUCCUGGCCCAAGAAUCUCAGUAGACGUCAAUGGCUAGUGUUCUACAGGAUUAACCAAAUGUCACUACGAGGAGGUGGUGUAAUUGAUGGCAGAGGACAGAAAUGGUGGGAUCUCCCUUGCAAACCCCACAAGGGAGUUAAUGGAACAACACUACCAGGACCAUGUGAUAGCCCCAUCGCCAUAAAAUUCUUUAUGAGCUCCAACUUGAGUGUUCAAGGACUUAAAGUGAAGAACAGCCCCCAGUUUCACUUCAGAUUUGAUAACUGUAAGAAUGUCCACAUUGAAUCCCUUCGCAUAACAGCUCCUGCUUUAAGUCCCAACACCGAUGGCAUCCAUAUUGAGAACACCAAUAAUGUUCAAAUCUAUAAUUCUGCUAUCUCCAAUGGUGACGAUUGUGUAUCCAUAGGAUCAGGCUGCUAUGAUGUGGAUAUAAAAAAUGUCACUUGUGGUCCUAGUCAUGGAAUAAGCAUUGGGAGUCUGGGCAAUCACAAUUCGCGAGCCUGUGUAUCGAACAUAACAGUUAGAGAUUCGGUGAUCAGACUUUCGGCUAAUGGAGUAAGAAUCAAGACAUGGCAAGGUGGAUCAGGCGCUGUAUCAGGAGUGACAUUCAGUAACAUCCACAUGGAGAACGUGAGAAAUCCGAUCAUAAUCGACCAAUUCUACUGCCUGACAAAGGGCUGUGCUAAUAAAACAUCCGCUGUUUUGGUAUCGGAUAUACAAUACGAAAGCAUAAAGGGAACAUACGAUAUUCGGAGUCCGCCAAUGCAUUUUGGGUGCAGUGAUUCAGUGCCUUGCACCAAUUUAACACUGUCUGAUAUUGAGCUUAUGCCUGCUCAAGGAGAUAUAAUGUUGGACCCUUUUUGCUGGAAUGCUUAUGGUGAUUUACAGACUCUCACUAUUCCUCCAGUUUCUUGCUUGAUGGAGGGCACACCUAGCUCCUCCUUAUUGGACAGUGUCAUAGGUUACUGCUGACUCAAUUCAUGUAAAGCAAUUUCAUGAAUUAUAUAAUAUAUAUGCAUGUAUGUGUAAAUAUAUAAUAUAAUCCAAAGGGAAAUCAUGGAUGUGUGUACCAUGAUCAUAUAAUUGUAAGUGCGAGAGGCUAUUUUGGUUAGCUCUCCAUUCUACGAACAUGCUAUGGGUGCAUGUAUCGUUAAGCUAUAUAAGUUUAGUUGAGUUAAUUAGACUGUGACUUUAG